CCUUCUGUGUGUGCAAAGACUAGGUUGCGCUCUGGUGUAAGGGGAGCUGCCGCGCGCCGCCACCUCCUCUCUCUCUCUGCCUGUGCUCCGCUGUAGCUGUGCUUCAGUAGGGAGCUCUCGAGACCGCCUGGGCGUGCGAGCUGUGGCAGCAGCAGGGGAGGAAGACCAAAAGCAGACCAAAGGACACACGCACAACCAUGGAUCAUUAUGACUCUCCGCAAACCAAUGACUACAUGCAGCCGGAGGAGGACUGGGACAGGGACAUGCUUUUGGAUCCAGCCUGGGAAAAACAGCAGAGAAAGAAAUUGUGGAUGGAAAUGUUAAAAUGACCCUUGGAAUGAUCUGGACCAUCAUCCUUCGCUUUGCCAUUCAGGAUAUCUCUGUGGAAGAGACAUCUGCUAAGGAAGGGCUUUUGUUAUGGUGUCAGAGGAAGACAGCUCCCUACAAAAAUGUGAACAUCCAGAAUUUCCAUAUCAGCUGGAAGGAUGGCCUUGGCUUCUGUGCCUUGAUUCACAGACAUCGCCCAGAGCUCAUCGACUAUGGGAAGCUGCGAAAGGUGUCCUGGACCAUUCUGGCUCUCCUCCCUUGCUCUUCUCCCAUCAGUCGAUAUGCUCUUAACUUCAGGUUUUUUUUGACAGACAUUGUUGGAACUGCCCGCCCUGACGAGAAAGCCAUCAUGACCUAUGUUUCUAGCUUCUACCACGCCUUCUCAGGAGCCCAGAAGGCGGAGACAGCAGCCAAUCGUAUCUGCAAGGUGUUGGCAGUCAAUCAGGAGAAUGAACAGCUCAUGGAAGACUAUGAAAAGCUGGCCAGUGACUUGCUGGAAUGGAUCCGCCGCACCAUUCCCUGGCUGGAGAAUCGGGCGCCCGAGAACACCAUGCAAGCCAUGCAGCAGAAACUGGAGGACUUCCGGGACUACCGUCGCCUGCACAAGCCCCCCAAGGUCCAGGAGAAGUGCCAACUUGAAAUCAAUUUCAAUACCUUGCAGACCAAGCUGCGGCUCAGCAACAGGCCGGCAUUCAUGCCUUCAGAGGGGAAAAUGGUCUCGGACAUAAACAAUGCAUGGGGAGGCCUAGAGCAGGCUGAGAAGGGCUAUGAGGAAUGGCUGUUGAAUGAGAUCCGAAGGCUAGAGAGGCUGGACCACCUGGCUGAGAAGUUCCGGCAGAAAGCUUCCAUUCACGAGUCCUGGACAGAUGGUAAGGAGGUAAUGCUGCAGCAGAAGGAUUAUGAAACUGCUACCCUGUCAGAGAUCAAGGCCCUGCUGAAGAAACAUGAGGCCUUUGAAAGCGACCUAGCUGCUCACCAGGACCGUGUGGAGCAGAUUGCUGCUAUUGCACAAGAACUCAAUGAGCUGGAUUAUUACGACUCACCAAGUGUCAACGCCAGGUGCCAGAAGAUAUGUGACCAAUGGGACAAUCUGGGUGCUUUAACCCAGAAACGUAGAGAGGCCUUGGAGAGGACAGAGAAGCUGCUGGAGACAAUUGACCAGCUAUACCUGGAAUAUGCAAAACGAGCCGCCCCUUUCAAUAACUGGAUGGAGGGGGCCAUGGAGGAUCUGCAGGACACUUUCAUUGUUCAUACCAUAGAGGAGAUCCAGGGAUUGACCACUGCCCAUGAACAGUUCAAGGCCACUUUGCCAGAUGCCGACAAGGAGCGACAGGCCAUCCUGGGGAUCCACAAUGAAGUCUCAAAGAUUGUCCAGACCUACCAUGUCAACAUGGCAGGAACCAAUCCCUACACUACCAUAACCCCACAGGAAAUCAAUGGCAAAUGGGACCAUGUGCGACAGUUAGUUCCCCGAAGGGAUCAAGCCCUGAUGGAAGAGCACACACGCCAGCAACAAAAUGAACGACUCCGCAAACAGUUUGGUGCACAGGCUAAUGUCAUUGGACCCUGGAUCCAAACCAAGAUGGAGGAGAUCGGCCGCAUUUCCAUAGAGAUGCAUGGGACCCUGGAGGACCAGCUCAACCACCUGCGGCAGUACGAGAAGAGCAUUAUUAAUUACAAACCAAAGAUUGACCAGCUGGAGGGAGACCACCAGCAGAUUCAGGAGGCACUCAUCUUUGACAACAAGCACACCAACUAUACCAUGGAGCAUAUCCGAGUGGGCUGGGAGCAGUUGCUUACAACAAUUGCUAGAACCAUCAAUGAAGUGGAAAAUCAGAUUCUGACCCGUGAUGCCAAAGGAAUCAGCCAGGAGCAGAUGAAUGAAUUCCGGGCCUCCUUUAACCAUUUUGACAGGAAGAAGACUGGCAUGAUGGAUUCUGAAGAUUUCAGAGCCUGCCUUAUCUCCAUGGGUUACAAUAUGGGAGAAGCAGAGUUUGCCCGCAUCAUGAGCAUUGUAGAUCCCAACCGCUUGGGAGUAGUGACAUUCCAGGCCUUCAUCGACUUCAUGUCCCGGGAAACAGCAGAUACUGAUACUGCUGACCAGGUCAUGGCUUCCUUCAAGAUUCUGGCUGGAGACAAGAACUACAUCACUGUGGAUGAAUUACGACGGGAACUGCCUCCUGAUCAAGCUGAAUAUUGCAUUGCUAGGAUGGCACCAUACAGUGGGCCUGAUGCUGUACCUGGUGCCCUGGACUAUAUGUCCUUCUCCACAGCACUCUAUGGCGAAAGUGACCUUUAACCUCUUCCUUUCUCCCCACAACAUACUCCCCACCCCCUCUCCCGUCCAGGCGCACUCUUCUUUCUGUAUGCAAAGCUGCCUCUGCUCCGCCUCCUUUUAUUUUGUGUCUCCAUUUUUGCUUCAGAUAACAGAUCAUGUUUAUAAGGGGGGACAUUGAAAUGACCGUCUACCUUGCCCUUGAAAUGACAGUUUACAAAAUUAUUUUCUGCAAAAAAAAGUUACAUUUAAAAUUAAAGACAUAUUUUAUUAUAGAAAAACAGGUAUUUUUCUCCAUCAAAUUAAAACAAAGAGAAAAUUUAAAAAUAUUGCACCAAAUGUUUUGUGUUGUGACAUAGGAAAUCGAGCACAGUGUUACAUUCCAUUCUUCUUUACAAAAAUUAAAAAGAACGAAAAAAAAAAAAAGGCAAGCCACCAGUACUGUUAACUUUUCCAUUUGCGUGUGUCUCUUUUAUCAUGUUUAUCUUGGGAGGGGGGGGUCAGACACGCAAGUGCAUGUGUUUGCUGGUUCACUCAUUUCAUGAAAAUAUUUUAUGAUAAACUUUUGAAAUUGCUGUGUUUUCUAGGGAAAAAAUAAUGUACACAGCUCAUGUUUUCAUAUUUAAUUAAAAAUUUUCAAUAUGCCUCCUAUGUUUAUCAGUGCACAACUUUUUUUUGUUGUUGCUGAGAGUUGUCUGGUUUCAGAAUAUGAAGCUUGAGAGUUGGUAACUUUGAUAUAUUGCUUGUCACAAACCAUAUUAAAAAUUUCUUGUGAUAACAAA